AUCGUGGACACCUUCUUUAUUGGCCGCUUCAUCCUCCUGGCCAUGAUGAGCCUGGUCUUACUUGGGUGCCUGUUCCUGCUCCUGAUUUACCACCUCAUUGAGCCGGUAUAUGCCAAACCACUCCACGGCAGCUAG